AUGGGGAAGAGGACGUCGUCGGCGUCGACGAGCGGCGCCGGCGCCGUGAAGAAGCCCAAGCUUCAGGGCCAGGAUUUGGAGGUUUCCAAUGUGGAGCUCAUGCGAUUGCUGCGGCUGUCCAGCGCGCCAAAUUCCAGCAAGCUUGAUCAGGCAUUCCAGUUCGUGGAAUGCCAGAAGAAGGGAUCGCUCUCGAGAGGAGUGCCGAUGCCGCAGUUUGUGUCGUUCCUGGCGGGAUGGAUUCAAUCAGAGAUUAUUUCCAGUGCGAAGCCAGGAUCCAAGGACAAAGGGGGAAAUGUGACUACCGACGCUCGUUCCUGGGCUAUCUUGCACUGGUGCUUGUCGAGCCAGGGAAACCUUCACGUCUAUCCAGGUAUUCUCAAGGGAAUAGAUUUAGUUCUCACAACGAAGGGUAUGAGGAGAAGAGAGGGAGAACUUCUUCUGGAUGGCAAUGAGAGUGAAGAGCUCGAGGUGGUGGUCGUUUCGGUGAUCGAGAUUUUGAAGCUCUUGCUACACACUUAUGACAGGAGUUUCCGGCCACAGCUUCUAGAUUGGACCCUGUUUGCUUCGUCGUUCUUCGAGGCUUUGCUGCGUAGCGAACCCGAAAGAUCUAUGCUGGAGACCGGGGCAUUGAUAGCAGAUGGAUUCGGGAAGUUUCUCACGACUCAGGCGAAUCCCAAGGCGGCAUUCCAAGCGAUAGUCGAGAAGCUCUUGUGUCCGCUGCUUAAGUUGACGGGGGUUUUGAUCUACGAGAGAAAAGGCUGUGACGCGGUGGAGUUGCUACGCACGGCGAUAGCCAGAGUUUUGGACUACGGGCUUUUUCACACAGUUCCUAUAGAGGGGUUCCCAGAGGCAUCCACUGCUGCUGCUAAGUGGCUCAACGAUUCCAGCGCGCAGGAAAUGGAAACCACAACCAGUCACAAGCUUCUGUUCGAGAAACUGAAAGAGCUGGGACAGGAAAGGUCUUUCACAGCGCUGGCAUCGCUCGGGGAAUUGCUGAGGCUGUUCGCACAAAGCUUUAAGGGUCACAGGGCAUCCAUCAAGUCGGAUGUAUUCGGGGUACGAGGGGUGGGACAGCAAGAAGGAUCUGAGGAAAAGGAAAAUCAACAGGGUGGUGAAGACGGCGAGUCCAAGAGUGUGCGUCUCACUGACAACCAGCUGCAGUUUCUGGUCUUUGUAGAGCUUUCGCUGCCUCUGAUCCAGCAACUUAUCGACGAGAAAGAGGUUUCCGGGAAGACAAGUUUGGUGUCUGCGACAAGUAGCUUGUUUCGCGUUGUGAAGGAACAGGUUGUGUAUGUUCCAACGAGAGACACGCCGACAAAUGGCCACUUUAAGUUUAUCAAGCGAUACUACGGGGUGCUUGUGGAUUACGCAAAGUCACUUUCAGCUGUAAACGAUAGCGGGAUGACGGGAUUGAUAGCAGCUGGCUACGGGGAAAUAGUUCGUGGCAUAGGCGUUGUCUUGGAUAUAGAUCAUCGAGCGGCUGAAGGUGGCGUGGAGGACUUCUGGCGCAUUCUACUGUCAGCAACGGUUAUAGAAACUAGCGAAGUUGCAGACGUGAUCGCGGUUGGAUGCCAAAUGCUGAGAAUUUCGAGUGAGCUUCGAGAUCUCGGUGCUUUACCGGUGCUCUUUUCUUCCGUGAAAUCACUGGGACCAGACGAAGGCUUGCAGUUUCUGUCGCCCUCUUUGUUCGCGCAGGGUCUUAAAAGCUUCUUUUGCGAUCCUUUACUUCUAAAUGCACUACGGAAGAUGAUCGAGAACAUGCCCGAAGCUCAAGCUCCUGAAGUCGUGAACAUGGUGUCAAGGGACGCUUUGGAAACGCUUCGAAUGAUCAACAGUACCGACGUGGUUGUCGAAGCAGUGGUGAUGGCCUCAGGGGAACUUCAUGCACAGAUUUUGGAAAAUCUCAACGUUACAUCAACAAAUGCUUACCAAGUAGGGGUCAACGUGAGGCAUCUUGUCACCUCAGUUGUAGCAGUGCCACUUUCCGAUCUUCUGGUCAAGAUCUCGAAAGGAAAAGUGAAGAAACUUGCAGAAUGGGCAGGGUUGAAGGCUUUCUUUCUUCUUCGGCUAUACUUAAUAUGCCGGAUGCUGCACCGACAGUGUAUCUCACUUAUGGCCCCUCUCAAGGCCGGGAAAGCGGCUGAAGCAGCGCACGAGCUACACUUGGACUCGUUAGAAAUCGACUGGAUGGAGAUAGCUUUGGAACCGCAGGACUUGUCCACUUUCUCGUGGAUUGGACAGGCAACUAGCGUUACCGCUCUUAUCAACGGACUUCUUCUAGUGACGCAGAAGACGUCAUUUCCAUCGUUAUACUAUUUGAUGGAUCUCCUUGCAAUUCAGCGCCUGAGUGACUUGCAAAGGUAUAUCCAGUCCGUUGAGUAUUUCGAAGCGAAACUUACCUCCUCUUCUGUUGAAGAUCCAGUUUUGCACUCGCUCGACAGUGUGGAUUAUCAGAACGGAAAGUCAUCGUCAGAAGGUGAUGUCCGUCAGUUGCUACUGGAUUUCAAGGCCGAAGCGAAAGACUUGGUCGUUUUACUCCUUGAUGGUGGCACCUCGUGCUCACUCAAGGAGAUUGGUGAGACGGUGAUCACGUCUUGGAAUGGAGUUGUGGUGAUGCUAACGGAGGAAAGCAUGCCUUCGGCAAGAUGGCAACUCAUUUCUCGUACAAUAGACCUUUGGUCAAGAUAUGCUUCCAGGAAAUGUCUUACGAGCUGCCUUAGUUACGCCUUGAUCACUUGGAGGCCUGAACCUCCAGCAUUCGCUCAACGUCCCAUUACUCGUGAGCUUCUUCAUAAUCUUCUAUUUUGUGAGAACCAGAGGGUCCAAACUGCUCUUCUACCAGCUGCUUGGAAGGCUCUACGGAAACUUCUGCAUCUGGAAAUAGAAUUCAAGAAGUUCAAGAAGCCUUCUUUUACAGGCUUUGAGUCGUCAACCUUGAACAUCCAGCUGUUGCCGGAUUCAACGUUAGAAACAUGCAUUGGUCUUUUCCAGCUUAUUGCUUCCUUUCCUUGGGGACAAAAGAAGGAGCUGGAUACAAUGCAGUGCAUUUUCUCGGUUUGCUAUGUCGAAAGACUCGCCUUAAGUAUGUUGGCUGCAAUUAUCAAGAACAGAUCAGAAAUCUCAGGUGUCAAGAUAUUUGAACUUUUUGCCGUCUGCAGACAGACAACAAAAGCAUUCGCGAUUACCCGCAGCAAACAGAUCGGUAGCGACGUUCCGGGAUUCGAUAUGGACCUUUUCAGCUGGCUAUAUCGAUCCAUCAACAUGGCCUCAGAUUGCGCAAUGAAGCUGAAAGAAAGGAGUGCUUUUGUGGCUGAAUCCAUCGCUGGCUCGCUGGCUUCCGCUGUCAAGAGUACGCAGUCAUACAUCCAGCAUAUUUUGAACCAGAUCUUCGCGUUGGAAUCGAGCUGCCUCCUUGUCAAGCGGUCCGAAGCACGGGCGGAAUCAGUUGACAGGGACGACGACACUAAGUUCCUGUUCAAAUGUAUACAGCAAGCCGACAGUGCCUGGGACGCAGAUGACAAUGAGCUGCAAAGCUACAGCUUUCUUGGAUCGAUAUCUUUCGCAAGGAGUAUUUUGUGGACAGCUGCUGAAACUCUCGGGCUCCUGGACAGAAAAUGUCAAGAAGACAAAAGCAGAGAGUUACGAUGGCUGACAACGAUUCCUUGGGUGUCGUCUCUCAGAAGUAUUGAGCAAAAGGUUGUUACCAUUCUACUGGGACGUAUUGCAGAAGCCCGGGGUACAGAGUCACGGCAGAGCAGUAUUCUAGACGUGUUUCUGGACUCGAAAAACAUCGAUGUGAAGGCCCUGAAAGUUGAGACACUACUGGAGGACCAGGAGGACGAUGAGAGCACCGAUGAAAGCGACAGUGAAAAAGAAGAGCAAGAAGACGAAGGAAAGUCUGAAACUUCGAGCGACGACGAGGAUCGAAAAGUAGAACCGGCUCAAGACAUUGACAUGGAGGAAGUGAACGUUCGAGCGGACGAGACAUCUCAGCUACAUCCACUGGACGAAUCGCAGAAAGCUGCUCUAAGCUGGCUGUUCGACAGCGGCUUGCAACGAGAACGAUCGGAAAUCGUUGGGGAGCUCUUGAUGGCCAUGGCUGCCUUGGUGAAGCUGAGAAGUCUACACUUUUCGCCGUAUGCUUUGAAAGCGUCUUCUAUCGGUAAGACGGUGGCUCCUUCGACAGUCAGUGCAGUGCUGGAAGUUGUCUAUUCACUUCUCACCGAGGCAACGUCCCUUAUGUAUCACGCUGCGCCCGCCAAGCGUACGUGUUUCUUCUGGAUUUUCGGAGCAGUCAAGUGCAUGGAGUCACUCGGGCUUGUUCUACCUUCGCUUCAACCUCCGGUAGCUCGAGCAGAGUACCUGAGACUUUUGAAGCUGCAUAUUGAUCUCCUGGGAGCUGUUAUAUGGCUGCAGUCGUCUGAAAUAAGAGCCGGCAGAGAGCUGCAUGUCGACUUUGGCCGUUUCUACGGAGACUUGGGUGCUGCGAUCAGGGAUUCGUUUUGUGCGCUCAUCAAGUUCGCACCAGUGCCGCAGCUUCUUCUUGCGUUUCAGACUAUACAGAAGGCACUUUGUGGAAGCUCUGACGUUUCCAAGUUCAGCUCCGCUUUGAGACUCGGUGACUCUGACGAUGGAAGAGUUGGAGUUGUAACUGCGGCUUGUGUGGAGUGCCUCGCAGUCGCUCUGGACGCUGUUUCAGGUCCACGACGUUUAAAAGUCCUUGCAAAGUACUCACCGAGAUUCAUCGCCGAGCUAGUGAAUCUAAUCACGCAUCUUCAAGGACCAGCUGUGUUUUAUAAGAAAAAACGGCAGGAAGAGAGGCCAGCUACAGUCGCCUCCUCCUCCGUCCUUCUCCAGAGCCUGGACAUCAUAACAAGGAUCGCUUCCCGCGAAGUCAUUUUCUGUAUGAAAGCCACUCACGUUGCUCUUGCUCUGCACAGUCCCGUGGGUAUUUUAAAGCCAGUAUAUCAGUUCAAGCUCCCAAGCUACACCAAGCACAGGAAUCCCCGCUUCAAGAUUGAGGAUGGCAAUGUGGACGCUGAGGUCGUCUUGCAUUUUUAUAUUGCAUCGUGCAAGCUGCUAUAUACAGUCUUAAAACAUCGGAAAAGAGAGAGCGGCCGCGCUAUUGCACUUCUGGGAGAAUCUCUUCGUGUGCUGUUACACUGUUUGGAAAGUUCAUCAAAGCUUUGUACAAUGACUACGGUUACUGCUAUGCAGUGUGCCCGUUGGCUUCGGCGAAUAUAUGAAGAGCUCGGAGAACAGAAAGAGACCUUGGGAAGGUACUGCAUAAACGUCCUCUCCGAUUAUCUGUCCGUUUUGUCAGGAGCUGGACCUUUUGAAGCCGGCCUGGACAGGGAGGUGGACAAGGAGCUUCGACCGGGCGUGUACGCACUCUUGAGCUCGUCUCAAGAUCUACAACAACUCCACGCCGCACUUGGAGAAGGACCUCUGAGAAGCAAUCUUGCGAUGAUUAGGAAAGACUACGAGAAAAACUUCAAGUACACCGGAAAAAUCUAACCUGGUGUGUCUUCCUCCAGCCACGACGGGAACAGCGUGUCUUCGUCCUCUUCCACCAGAGCGGCGGCUCUCUUCUUGGCGGUUUCGUCGUGCUCCUCGCCUUCAAGGAUGAU